AUGGAGGCCGAAGAAUCACAGGGAACUGCAGAUGACAACGCUGGUUUAGAAAGACGUGAAUCUCCUUCAAUAGGUUUAGAAUUAUGACUUGAAUUUUCGCAAAUCUUAUAAUGAAAGAAACAAAUUCUUCACGCGAAAGUUAUUAUCGUUUGAAAUCCUUCUCAAUUGCUACAAAUUUUGUUUCAUCUUUUCAUUUCAGAGGAGAACGAAAUCGUGGAAAAUGGCGCGUCAUCUUCUUACGAGAACCACAACGGCGAAGUUGACGAUACAGGAAAUCCAGAAGACGACGACGAAAUUUCUCGCAAACAACGCUAUUUGAGACUUGAAAAUCUUCGAUUUCCUGGGACGUGGACCCAAAACGCACUGGUUUUUAUCGAAAAAUUUUAAAUUUCUCUUUUGGCGUUCAGAUCAUGAAAUUUAUGAACAAGUGCGAUCACUGCACUGCACAUUUUUCAAAACCGGCCAAUUCGGGCGAGAAGGUUGACCUUUCCGAUGACAACAUUCUGAUUUUGAAGGUUCAGCAUAUCAAAAGCGUUGUCGUGGAUUUGGAAUUUGCAAAGGUUGAAGACGCUCGAGAAGCCUACGCAAGCCUCCGCAAGGCUUACGUCGAUGGCGCGCUCGUCCACGUCAUCGUCGAUCCUCUUUUUUGUCCGUUUCGCAGAUUCAUUUUGUAGAUAUAUCAGUUCUUAAAUGAUGUACUCAUUUUUUAUAUUUUUUUAUUAAAUUGAUUCGAAAAAAAUGUGUAUUAAUUGUUAAGAUCAAAAUACAAUUUGUAGGACUUUUUUUGAACUGUUUUUAAUAGCUUGAAAAAUAAUGAACUUCUGAAGGCUAUGCCGCUUUAUGAUGUUUUUUAUUCUGUAAUAGUUUUCAGUCAAAUCGAGUUCUCCGAAGCCACCAAACGGGCUUUACUUUGAGACGGCGGAAGACGAAGAAGAAAAAAGGCGGACCGUCUAUAUCCUGGGUCUGCCCGCCACCGCAGACCGCAAUCUCAUCGAGGAGGUCGUCGGAGCCGAAAUCGAAGCCUCUCGCCUCAUUCCUCUUUCAAAUUCUGAGCAUCUUAUGCAGGCCCAGGUUUCGUCCAGUCCGCGGAUGCUCCGUUAAAAAAAGUUGUCUGUUUUGAAGGUCGUGAUGAAAAGCGAAAACGCGGCCAGUGCUGCACGACAAGAUAGAGAUGGUUUCAAAAUAAGAGAAGAUGAGACCCAAAAGCCUUUAAAGUACGCGUAAUUCGAAAAAUGGAAAAAUUUUUUUAUUCAGGCUUUUCACGACAGAGGAGUAUAUUGAGAUGUCGGAAUCUGGGAAUGAGGCCAAGAGCUUUGCGAUGGCAUCGGCAAGCGAAAAUCGCGUAGACGAGAAAAGCUCGUCUCCCGAAGCCGCAGAAAAAGUAAACGGCGCAGAAAUCCUGGCGCCCGAAAUAACGGAAGACGAUGUUCUCGAGAAGUUGCAGCAGGUUUCUGUCGUUCCCGACAAAGUGGAAACCUGGAGAUAUUGAGCACAUCGCGGAGCAGCGCAUCAACUGGGCGGAGAUCAACGAACGCGAGGAGCUCUACACGCUGUGCGACGCCGUCUCGGCCCAGUUCCAGGGUCUGCCCGACUCGUUGCUCAAGCCGGUGAUGCUGACCUCGCUGCAGCGACAUCUCGCCGCCACGGAGACCCAUUGGAUGCGCGACCAUCUUGAGACUCUCAUCAGGUCCUGGGAAAUCGCGAAAAAACAUUGUAGUUCCUACACAAUGUUCGAUAAGAGUUUGAAAAAAAAAUCUGAACUUGAUUAGACGCAGAAAAAGAUGUUCGUAAAAGAAUUGAUUUAUUUUUUCUUUUAAUAUUUUCUCUCGUAUAAACUCUCAAAGCAUUUUGAAAAUAUAAGCCUUCUCUCAAGGAUGAAUCAUAGUUUGGAAAUUUCUCUUCGAAAUCAUACAGGGAUUUGCAGGAUGUGGAAAGCGGAGGUGAUGUCCGAGGAAUUCUUCGACCGCAGAACAAUCGUCCGCAUGGAGACGGUCGAUUACAAGCCUGUGCCUUUCAUCGAAAACUCUGCGACCAGGAACAAAGGGUUCGAAGAGAGAAACAGUUCUGUUUCACUGGGAUUUUGAAGGAAGUCCAAAGGUUCUCGUGCGGGAAGAGUGAUGUUAGGCGUCGGCGCGAUGCUCGAGCAAGCUAGGAAAACGUCAGUUAUUCUCCGUUCCGCAUUUUGAAUUUUUCUAAAGUUUCUUUUUUUAUAUAAGUGAUUCUUUCAGGUACGUACGUCCCGGAACAAGAAAGAAAAAACUCAAAAAAAUUGAAAAAAAAAGUUUCUUUUUUCAAUGAAUUUCUGGGAAUUUUUCUUUUUUUUUAAGUUCAUUUGUUUUUCUAUUACAUAAACGCUUUUUUUUCAGUAUCUUAACGGAAGAAGGCGCCUUCGACAUUGAAGAAGACGAUGACGGCAACUUUAUGAUUGGCGGAGAGACUCUAAGCUUCGAAUCUUGGGCAAAGUUCGUUUCUAUUUUUGGAAGAAAAAAAUUGUUUAUAUAAAGGAAUUUUUUUCAAGAUUCGUGAAAAUUGAAUGGUGAGAGAGAUAAAAAAAGGAAAAAAAGCAACGUUCCGAUCGGAAAAAAAUAUAGUAAAAUCGAUCAUUUUUCAUCCAAGUGCAGGUAAAAAGAAAAUUAGAAACCAAAGUUUAGUAUAUCGGACGGAUGAAACUAUUUCACAUAAGUAACUUUCAUUUGCAAUAAAUAAAUGUUACUGUUGAUAAGCCUUUCUCAAAUUUUAUCCACUCAAUUUGAGCUUCCAAGUUUUAAAUGAGAUAUUCCGUGAAAAACUUUCUAACAUAGGCCCAUCCCGGGGUGCGCCUACCCCCGAAAAAUGCGGCAUGAUGUGUGAUUCAGCCGGUGUAAGCUUUUUUUAAUAAUAUUAUUUAUUUACAGGCAGAACAAAAUAACAUGUACAGAAAAAAAUAAUAGGUGAGGAUUGCACAAGGUAAAUGAAGUAAAUAGAAAAGAAAGUAUUAUAAGUUAUGACACAGUGUAGCACAGGUGAAUAGGGAAUUUAAUUGUUUGUAAUGAUACGCGCAUAAGAUGGAUUAGAGUAGGGCUGAAGCACGGGUACCUGGUUCAACGGAGUCUGCUGGGAAUAGAUCCAAAAAGGAAAUUGUUAUCGAGGGAUAGUAACAAAGACCUGAAACGAUCUGGAGAAACAUUGAGGUUUCCCAAUGUAGCCAGUUUAUUCCAAAGAUUCUUUCUAUUUUAAAACUGCGAAAAGAAGAAAGUUUUGAGAUGGAAAAAAAUUUAAAAAUUUACAAACUCGGAGAUGUGGUGGAAAAAAAUCUUACUAAGUUAGAAAAAUUAGAAAUUUUUUUGAAAAAAGAUGGUAUGAAAAAAAUAGCCAGCGAAAUUUCAAAAGGCGACUUUUUCCGAUUUUUUUCGUAUCGCUAGGGAACUUUCCGACGGCCACCUUUCCGCCGAAUCCCUUUUCGACUUUUUUUCCUUAUAUUUUUUUCGGUUUUUAAAAAAAUCUAUUAAAAAUUUUUUUACUAAUUCGUUGUGUUUUAAUCAUGAAUAACUUGCCUACUUUAUAUAGAAAGAUUGAAAAACGAAGAGUUUAUCGAGAAAAAGGCGGAAAGGUGUUCGUCGGUAAAGUUCUUUAGCGAUAUGGAAAAAAAUCGGAAAAAGUCGCCGUUUGAAUUUUUCGCUGGUCAUUUUUUUCAUACCACAAAAAAAUCAAUUUUUAGAAGAAGGUUUUUUUACAGAAAAAAUGGCAUAUUUGAUUUUCAGAAUAACGAAGACGAAGCAAACGGGUGUCGUCCGCGCAGGGACCCCUGAAGUGGAACCGCGCGGAUUGUCAAAGAAGCAGCAGCGGCUGAAGAGAAUCGUCGAGAACAUGACGGAGCAGGAGUACAAAAUCUGGAAGUACGUGUUUUCUUCAUAUCUUUUCAGUAGAUCCGCCUUUUUCAUGUUAGGACGGGGUUUUGGUUGCUUUAAGUAUAUUGCAAAGAGAAGAUUCAUUGAAAUCUGUAUUUUUGGAAAUAUCUUGUCCUUGUGCAUCGUUUGGUAUAUAUUUUGUCUUUAUUCACUUCGCUUUACGAAUAAGAAAACAUUUUCAAAGAGUGUUUUAACAAAGUUUUAGUUGCGGGUCCUUUCUCUAGUGAUAAUCUGGGAAAAAUCAACUUUACGGCACUAUUCUGUACUAUCUCCAAAGGCUCUCUAAAUGGGCUGUUUCCCGUUUAGUCAAGGUCUGAGACGAAAAUAUCGUUUUAAAACCCGAAAACACAUUGAAUCCAAAGAUUAUUUGCUUCUGGUGAAAAGUAACAACAUAGUGUGCUUCUAGGCUCUGGAUUUUAAUUGAAAUCUAGCUGGGAGCUUCUAUGUUACACUUAUGUUUGGUCUUUUUUCAAUUUUAUUUUCAAAUUAUUGAAUGAUCUGCUAUUAAAAAGCAUUUCUUAUUAACCAUCGUAAAAGAAAUAAGCUGUUCAUAAGCCGAUAUUGCAAGUACCUCUCGUAAAAUGUCAAAUUUUCGAGAAAUAAUAACUGGAAAGUUGAAGCAAACUAAUAUGAGACCUCCACAAGUAAUGAGAAACUUUUUGAAAGUGAGAAAUAAAGAACCUUGAACAAAGGUGAUUUGCGCAAUCUUUUCUUCUUUUAAAAUGCGAGAUGAGGUAGAGACCUUACUUUCAACAAUUUUUUCGUUCAUCUGAAAUUUUUUUUUGAAUUUUUCUGCAUGUGUGUUCGGGUUUGUGAACGAAAAAACGGUUUCAUGUUUGAAGAAAAAAAAAAAAUUAGAACUGCGAUACAGGAUGCAUGAAAUGAGUGGUCAAAAAAACAAGAAAGUAAUCGGGAUUUUCAGAAAGGAACAAGUGGCUAAACGGAAGGGCGAUUUGAAAAUGAGGGUUAUGCAGAGGGUUCGUUUUUUUUUUUUUUGGCGUUUUUAUACAAUGUGGGACAUUUUAGGCGAGGAAAGAACAGGAAAAUUUGGAGAAGGCCGAAAAAGAAAAGGAAGAAGUCGUUGAAGGGACAUCAGAAGAAGUGAAGCAGAAGAAAGAGGUGAGAUACAAGUGAGAGACAUGUUAUGAAUAAUUAUGACAAAAUCCUUCAAAUCUAUUAGCUAAUCGGACAAUCUCAUUCAUGGAAUGAGAUUUCAUGAUGAACAUUAAAAACUUAUUUGGCAGACAUAGAAACUCAUUGACACAAAGGCAGAGUCGCCAGUCAUGCUCAUCCCAUGUAUGGUUGCAGUUCAAGAUAUCGCAAUCACAGACCUCAUUCUUUCGCACAUCUGAAUUCGGAAAUGACGAUGAUCAAACGAAAGCUUCAGCUCGACGAAGGGGAGAUCGACUCAGAAGAAGAACGAAAAAUCGACGCCAAAGCAUCGAAGGAGCCGAAGACGAAGAAAAGAAAGCACAGUUCGAGUGGAUCUUCUUCGGACUCUUCUGUUUCCGACUGGCUUUCAACUUCUGACAGCGAAGAUCUCGACGACGACGACAUCGGCGACGUGAAGGCUCGCGAACGGCGGAACCAGCGCAGAAAGAAAGAGCAGCGCAAGAAGAAAUACGUGGUUGGUUUUGAUGGGCAUCUCGUAAAACGAAAUUAUAAAUUUAUUCGGAUUCAAAGUCUGAGGUAUUUCGAAAGUUUUGAUUUGAGGAUUUUUUUUUUUGGGAUUCGGCGCACUUGAAGAUUUGAAAAGCAAUUUCAGCAAACUAAACAUGAGACGAGUUAAACAACAGUUAUUUAUUGAAAAGAGUCCGAUUUGAAAAUAAUAGUUUGAAUUAACCAAGAUUUUGAUUUUAAAAAAACGCAUUUUAAAGCUUUCUUGCAACCUCACGCUUGCUUUUCUGUAAUUCAAAUUUUAAAGGCGAAAAAGCAAACGGCGCAGCCAACUGCAAUCACUUCGGCGCCUUGGCUGAAAACGACUUUCGAGCAGCGAAAAGCUUUCGUUUCUCUUCUGCCACCUGCACACAAGGUCGCCUUCGCCACGGCCCUCAGCGAGGUUUGUUCUUUUCUUCCGAGGGGAAAUUACUCGGAAAUGCUCAGUAAGAGUUUGGAUGCGCUGUCCUGAGACAAUAAAAUUAUUAUCGUCUCCUCAAGAUCUCCCUUCUGCGGCGGUAAUAAAAUUGGCACGAGGUCCUUCAUUGUCGAAGACGACGUUCCAUCGGUCGUCUCCUGGGAGUCUCUCGAGUGUGGGAUUGUUAUCUUGGCGCAUCCGGACGUCGUGAAAACAUUUGCAUAUAUGCCAGAUGUGCUCUCGAAAGUUUACUCUUUUGGAUGGGUAGGAUUUGGGGUCAGUGGCGGCGAGCUGUCGGAAAGAUUUUGAUGGUGUGCGAUGGCACGUGCGUCUGCUGCCGUCCAAAACUGUCGGAUCGCUUUGGUGACACGUGCGAGUUAAGUGCACGCGUCUCUUCAUCGGCAUGGCCAAUACACUAAUCUGCGCGAAAGGCCGCCGAAAAGACUAUCUAGAAAAGACUAACAUCGUCAGUUAUUUUGCGUCGAGACCGCUUUUGAGAAACUCCUUGAGAAAUCUAUCUCCGGCUACUUUCAUAUAUUCUGAAAAAGAUAUUUUUGAAUUUUUACAUUAAAAUUUUUAUAUUUUUUUAAUCGGAAAUUUUUAUUUAAUUUUUUUAAAAAAACUUUCAAUCUUUCUGAAAAAAAUUACUUUUCAAAGUUCAAAAAAACUGCUUCCACAAGAUUCGAGUUUUUUUGAACGUUUGGUUCCCUCCGGCCGUUCUCAGAAGUUGAAAAAAAAGUUUUUAAUAUUUAUUAAACACUCUAAAAUUCUAAUUUUUUUAAAAAAACUCGUUUUUUUAAAUUUCAAAGAAUUCAAACUUCUUGUAGUAAGUUUUCGAUAAUCAAACGAGAAAAAGUAACUAGCGAUCCUCAGGAACACUUUCAAGCUCUCAUUGGAGUCAUAUUUUCAUCAUGUUCAACCUAAAACAAGCUGGGGUCAUCUCAUAUAGGAGAAGUUCUCUGAAUGCUCAAGUAUCGCCAGCCAAAUGUUUGUAUUUUCUUCCUUAUUAGGUUUUGUCUGCGUCCUUGAACAUAUGAGCGCACUUACUGCCCAAACGACGGUUGUUAUGCACUGAGUGGAAAUAAGCUGCGGGCGCGGUACUCGCAGCUAAACCGAUUAGAAGCUGAGCCGGAAGAGAACGUCUGCCCACUGAACGGCAAGACGUUUCCAGCUCGUUGGUUCCGCCAAACGGCUCAUGUCAGGACCCCGAGAAGUCUCCUCCACAGCAGAAGCCGAGUUGAUUCUCACAGUAUGAAGUACUGUCGGCGCUAUUUGCAAGCAAAUGUGUGUGUAUCCCUCGUGGCCGUUUGUCCGCCUGUUAUGUGUCGGUUGUGUAUCCGGUUACCCAAAAGGAAGCUCUGACGGCGGCCGACGAACGCCGAGCACAUGCACUUGUAUAAACAGUUGCGGUGCUCGGCUAGACACUGAUCUCGCUAGGAACUUUGAGAGAUUCGCGUUCAGAGAGGCGGUCUUGACAAUGGAGUAUCAUGUAAUCCGGAACUAACAGUCCUAAGUAAUCUGAUGGUAUAAUGAAAAUGAAGUCGCUUCUUGCGCGAAAUUUUUAUUUUUUUUUUUUUGGGGGAGCAAACUUCUCAAUUUCUAAAACUAAACCUUCGCGCAGGUUUCGGCUAUUAGGCAUUAUCAUCUAUAUUUUCGAAGUGUGCUUGUGCAAGCUUCCAGACUCUCUAACCGCCAAUCAAGUUUAAGAGCAAAUGAUAAGUUAAUUCAGAAAUUAAAAUGAAUUUAUGUCAAGAAUAUUAGUAUAGGAAAAUGCUUUAAUGAAGUUAUUGAUUUUACAGAUACGGCAAGGCAACAUCAACGUUCCUCAACUUCAAGCGGCUCAGGCAAUGAACGAAAUGAGCACUCGAUUCCGUUCGUACUUUGGUCCUGGCUGGCGAAUUUAG